CAAGAGUUCAGCUGAGAGUUGCUCGGAAAGAUGUGAGUGCGUUUUGGAAAGAGAAUUUUCCGAGACAGAAUUCCAGAAUCGUUCAUGUCACGAGAAAAACAUGGAACUUGAAACACGGAACGUUCAGACAAGAGCCCGAGACUCGAUGAGAACAGAAUACAAAUUUUAAAAUAGAGAAGCAAAAAGAAAUGCGAGUCAGCAUUUCAAGGGGAGAAUCAGGGUAGCAUCCAGUGCAGCGGCAAUCCUCGUGUGCAGACGGAAUUCGACGAUUUCACGAACCGGUUCCGAUCCUUUGCUUUGCUUUGCUUGCGAGUCAGCUCGAUCCUCGGUCUGCGAAGGACGAAGCGCAUGCUCGCGAAUCUCUUGGACUCGGGGGAGAACUGGCUCGGAGGAUCCGAAUGUGGAGAAUUGAACACGAGACCGAAAAGGAUGGUGCUGCGAGAUUUGUCCUUCCGGUUCUAGUGCACUACACUCGGAUCAGCGUCGUGGAGGGAGGGAGGGAGGGAGGGAGGGAGGGAGUCUUCGAUGAAUGCAUUCUUCGUCGUCAUGCAACCUGUCGAAAUUUCGACACAACCGGCUCCGUUCCUCGCACAAGACUUUGGUAGUUGAUUGAAAUUGUUGUGCAUUGGAAGACGGACAACUGUCACUCACGUUGUUUGGUUCUUUGGAACGAUUGCUCCGACUGGCAUCUGGAGACAAACUCUGAGUGAUUUUGUCAAGUGAUUUUGCGCGUCCCGCGGCUCAAGCCGUACUCUUGAGUGGUUCGAGUGGUCAGGCGAGAAUGAGCGCCAUGAGGUUGCUGGAGGAUUGUUGAUAGUCAAAUUUAUACGCAAGUUAGGAGUGUCCAGGGGAUUCGUCAACACCAGCAACGACAGCUCGGCUGCCUGCUUGAAGAAGCUCUGGGAGGCAUCACAGGAGAGAAGAGUUCGGCUGGGGUUCAUCGUCGAGAAUAGCGAUGGAUUUGAAAGAUGUGAGAUUCUACACGAUUUCGUGUGCAGGGUUGGUGGUAUUCUAUUGUGUGGUGACUUGGGUGGCACAGAUAUCGGGCAUGGUUCUAGGAGGGAUGAGCACGCAGCAUCCUCUUGAUCCUCAUCAGCCCACUUUCAGCAAAUGGCUGCCGGAAUCCUUUCGACCUUAUCCUUCUUUUGAAGGUUGGUAUUUUCGGUUGUUGGACACCGAGAGUAAUUUCAGCGCCGCCGUGGUUGUGGCCACAAAUUAUGCUACCCAGGAGAGCCAAGUGACUCUCCUCUUCACCUCGUCGUCCAAAGAUGCUGAGCUUAUCGAUAGCUCGUCUCCAGCUAGCGGCGGCGGCGCCAGCAGCAGCUACAAGCUGCGUACUCACGCCAGGGCAGCCAUGUCCGAGUAUUACGUGUUCCGUUGGAGGCGAAGUUCGAAGUUCGAAGUAGGAGGUCGGAGGGAAAACAGGAGACCCGGUGAACCUCUGGGAUUCGAAUGGGAAGCGCCAGGACUGGGGAAGGUCAACAUGACAGCGAGUGAAGCCAGACUGGACAUCACUAUCCACGGCUAUACCUUGAAAGCUCAUCUCACUAAAAAUGUUCUUUGGGAUGCCAAGCGGUCAGAGAGAGGACCGGAGGGCUGGGCAAAGGUUCUUCCACUUCCUACUCACUGGUACGUCUACUCUCUGGGAUCCAGAAUCGAAUAUGACUUUUCGGGGCCAGGAGGAUCUUUGAAGAGGAAGGGCGUUGGUCUGGGCCAUUCAGAGAAAAACUGGGGGAUAAGGUUCCCUGAUGGACAUGUCUGGUUCCAAGGCUUUUCUGCAGACAACUCCGCUCAGAUUCUCGGAUCUAUAGCAUACUACAAGCUUGGAGGCGUGAAGACACCAUAUGUGGGGGCAAUGGGAUACAGAUCUCAAGCUGUCAGCUUUGACAUGCGAUCGGUUGACAUCGGGACAUACUUCACAGAUGUUCGAAUGUCGUAUCGGAAUGCUGAUUUUACGGUCACAGGGGUCUCAGCCUCUCACACGAUUAAGAUACACGCGAAGGCGGACUUCGAGACGUUGUCGGAGCCAAUUCUAGCUCCCGUGACAAAAGUGAAAUGGGAUUUUGCUUGUAGAGAGACUUUCUUCGCCACUGUCUCUGUGGAGGUAUUCGAGCAUGGACUUUGGGGACUAAUAGGAGACAAGAGGCUCGUUGAGAAGAGGACAUUCGACCAUGCCGCAUUUGAAUUUGGAGAGGACUUAUUGAAGACAUAGACAAUUCUAAAAAUUCCACGUCCACUUGUACAUAGUCAAAUGAAGGAGAAACCAAGCUGUGGAGGGUGUGGGUCAGGACUAGGUUGUACAGCAUCGUGUAUAUACUUCAAAUAAAAUGAGUCCGAGUGAAGUUCAGUAUGUUACCCAAUCACCUGUGAUAUAAAGGGACGUGUCUUACUGUUGAGUAGAUUUCCCCAGUGCCAUACUUCAACAAUGCCUUAGGACCUGAAGUGCCAACUCAUGGCAGGUUGCUUGCCUGUUCUAAAAUGACCAGUUCUUGAACCUGGAUCAUGAGCGUUCACGAACCUAGCCGCGUGAGUUGCAUCCGUGAAUACCCAAUAAGCAAUGAUAAUGACGUUUGGAUCGUAUUUGAGACAU